CCAUCAUGCAGAACAUCCCUGCGUGCAAGGGCCAGUCCAUGCCCGGGCACACUAUCUCCUGCAUGACUGAGAAGAUGGAUGAGAUCAAGGAUGAACGCUGUAGACAGUAUCUUCUACGGCUCGAAGCCAUUGUGUUCAGUGACUACCGUCUUGUGGAGAACAUGAUGAAUGAUUGCAAGGAGGAAAUAGCCAACCACUCUUGUGGGCGUGUCCAGGUGUCCCAAGAGGGCACUCCGCAUUCACAGGGCGAUACCAUUGAGUGUCUCUCCACUAAGGUGCUUGAUCUGAGGCCAGCUUGCCGAAAACAGAUUUUGAGACUAGCUGAACUACAGGCGGACGACUUCCACCUUGACCGUGCACUCUUCUUUGCCUGCCGUGAGGACCGAGAGAAAUUCUGUGAGAAGACUCGGGCGGGCGAGGGACGUGUCUACAAGUGCCUCAUGAAGCACAAGAUGGAGAGAGGAAUGAGCAAAGAGUGUGUGGAGCAAAUGACCCGGAGGCAGAAGCUAAUGGUGCGGGACUACCAGGUAAGCCGGGGCUUGGUCAGGGCCUGUCGCUCAGCCAUCUCAGAGAAUCAGUGCCGCCGUGGCCUCGGAGACCAGAACCAUGACGUGAAGCUUUCUCAUAUCUUGCUCUGUCUGGAAGAUGCUGAGAAAAAAGGCAAGGACAUUGAACGUGCGUGCCAGGAGGAAAUGCUCACACACCGAAAGAUGCUGAUGGAGGACUAUCAACUCUCACCUGAUCUCCUGGUCGACUGCUCUAAAGACAUUGGCCUAUUCUGCCAUGAUGGCAUAGAAACUGGUGGGCGCACUCUCCACUGCCUUAUGAAACAUGCUCAUAGUCAUAACCAGCAGGAGACAAUAUCAGACCUCUGCAAAAGAAGGCUGCAAGAGACCAUCAAGCAGUCAGAUGCAGGAGAAGACUGGAGGGCUGAUCCUGUACUGUACGAAGCUUGCUAUAGCAUGGUGGAAUCAAACUGUAGAGCCUAUCGUGGUGGCAAUGCAAGGGUACUGAGGUGCCUUAUGCAACACUUGGAUUCCCCCGAGAUGCCUACGGCAUGUGAGGCUGCCCUGCUAGAAAUUCAGUACUUUGUAGCCCGAGACUGGAGAAUGGAUCCUGUACUUUAUGCAGCAUGUUCAGAAAAUGCUGAGCGGCUCUGUGGGGCGAGGAGGAGCUGGUUCAAUGUGAAUACUUCUAGUCCUGAAUUGGGAGGCAAGCGUCGGUUUGAAUCUGAGGGAGGGAAGAAGUCAAAGGUAGAGCAAGUACUGCCUUGCCUAUUCCGCUAUGUGUAUCAUCCCAGCCCCAAACUGAGAUUGAACAGCACCUGUGCUGAGGAGGUGCAGAGAGUGAUGCAGGAACGGGCAGCCCAUGUGGACCUUCACCCAGAGAUUGAGAGAGUGUGCAUGGGAGAAUUAGGGAAGUACUGCUCCUCCCACACUGGCCCUGGCGAAGAAAUUGCCUGUCUUCAAGACAACAUGGAAAUGUUGGAAAGAGAAUGCAAGGACGCUGUUGGAAACUACACGGAGGCCGAAGCGAAAAACACAGGCCUGAAUGCACAACUUACAAUGCAGUGUGCUUCCGUCAUCCCACAGGUCUGUGGUACAGUGCCCCAGCCUGACACAGAUGGUGCACUUAUGGAAUGCUUGAUUCGACACAAAAACACAGAGCUGGUGAGAAACACCCACAAAUGCAGGGCUGUGAUUGAGCACUUCCAGCUCUUAGCACUGAAAGACUAUACAUUCUCACCAAAGUUUAAGGAGUCCUGCCAAGUUGAUGUUGCCAAGUUCUGUGGCAGACCCAAGCCUAAAAACAAAGCUGAUGUGAUUGAGUGCUUAAGUACUCAAGUCCGUGAUGCUGUCCUUAGUGAUGACCGUCACAAGAUCUCUAAAGCCUGUCGCCACCAGCUCCGCCAGCAGCUCAUGCAGAGGCAUGAAAGUAUAAAGCUAGACCCUAAGCUUCAGCGACAUUGCUCAAAUGAAGUGGCCAAAUACUGCAAAGAUGUUACCCGUGGCAGAGGAGCUGUCUUAGAGUGUCUCAGGCAGAACAAGCAGAAUCUGUUAAGCGAAUGCCACAGUGUGGUAUUCCUUCGAGAGGAAGAGGAACAGCAAGAUCCAGGUACUGAUGUGGUUCUUGUCAGUACAUGUAAGCAGAUGAUCCAGCAGUACUGCUACGACAUCCCCGCUGAGCAGUACCUUUCUUGCCUAAAAAAAAAAAAAAGUGAACUCAACUUUGAUCCAAUGUGUCGCCAAGUUGUAGUUCGGCGAAUGGUGGAACAGACCACCGAUGUUCGUCUCAAUCCAGAUCUGUAUCAAGCUUGCAGGCGUGACAUGGCCAAGUUCUGCUCUGAGUUGGUUGAGCAAAUGGAAUUGAGUAGUACGGAGCUCAAUGGGAAACUGACAGAAUGUUUAAAGGAACAACUUCCGACUAAAAAGUUGAGUGCAACAUGUAAAGUGCAGGUGCUCACCAUGGCAAGGAGUUCUGCACUAGACUAUAACAUGGAUCCAAUUCUUCUCACCAACUGCAAAGAUGAUAUGAAUGUCCUGUGCCAUGACUACCUGAACAAUGACGGCCGAGGCAAGAUGGAAGAGUGCCUAAAACUGCACUUUGAUACUGGUGGCCUCCAGUCAGAAGAAUGCAAGAUCCACAUAGCCCACGUCAUUGAUACUCAGCGUGCGGACAUACACGUCGACCCCAUUCUUAAUGAGGCUUGUGGAGUAGAUGACAAUAAAUACUGCGAGGGCAAGGAGAAAGGACAGCACUUGGCUUGCCUGCUCGAUGUUUUAGAGAGGAAUCCAAACGGCCUCAAAGACGACUGCAGCAAAAAACUCCGUGACAGGAAGGAGAUGUUUAGUGCGGCUUACAAGAUCUCACACCUGAAGUCCAUUGAGGACUUUGUCAACCAUGUGUCAGCCUCCCCAGAGAGGAACUACAUCCUCUUGGUCUUCGUAACGGCCAUAGGCAUCAUCUUUGUUGGAGGAUUGUUCUGUGGGCGGCCCAAACGCUACAAGUUGCUCAAGGAUAGAUAAGAGUCGGUAGUCUCCAUAGAUAAUGGUCAUGUAGAUAAAACGUGUUAAUCUGGGUUGAUAGCAGAUUUGUAAUUUUUAUUAGAUUGAAUGGAUAGCUUAUCUGUAGUGUGUACAGGUUUGCAAUCUUGUUUAUGUGAGAGAGAGGAAUGUUUGUGUGAAAUGAAAGAUUUCCUAGUAUUUAAGAUUCUGAUAACUGUUUUGUGGAUGUUGUUAGAGGGAGAAUAUAUUCUGUGUUUGUUAAGUAAGCGUGUGAAAGAAAUUAGUUUUGGAAAGUGUAUCCAUGGAGUGGAGGUAAUAAGUUCCCCUUUGUGAGUGAUUUGUGUGUGAAUUCUUUUUUGUUUUAAAAACUGAUGCAAGUGUUCUGAAAAUUAAUAGAAUGUUGUCUGUUAUGAUACAAAAGGAUAAGAUAAAAGAGAGUAGGUUAAAAAAUGAAAGUGUGAUAAAGAACAGCAAAUGAACAAGGUCAUGAUCAAAAUUCUCAAAUAUCAUUUUCAGGUGCUAACAAAGUGUACUAGUUGAUUCAUCCAUUUGGCAGGGCAUCAUCACUGAAUCAUGAGAUUUAAAAGUAAAGAAAUGAAGCUGCUUCAGGCAGCAAUCUUGGAUAAAAAGAGAUCAUGGGAAAAGAAUCCGACUUGCUAGCAAGGAGUUUGCCAAAUAACUUUUCACUUUCAAUUUAAUAUUGUCAUUAUGCCCAACUCAAGUGUUACUCAAGCAUUGCCUCUGCAAGGAUGCAGAUUCUUUUUUUUUUAUUAUUAAAGAUUUAUUAAUUUUAAGGGAAUACUGUGUUAGAUUGAAACUGCCCCGCUGAACAGUUCCAAUCAGAGAAAAUGUUUGUAUCAAGCAUUCAUUUUAAUGUAUUUUGUUAUUGAGGAAUCAUUCAGUCUUAUUGCAGUUGUAUGAUUUGAUAUCAAAGGAAAAGGCCUGUCAUGGUAACUGUAGUAUGUGGAUUAUAUCUGGAAAACUGUUCUACAAAAGAUACUUGAAAUAUAAACAGAUGAUGUGUUCAGAGUGAUUUUUUCUCAUUAAGAGUGAUAAUGAAGAAUAUGCUUCUUUAUUUAUUUUCUAAAUUUGCUACAAUCUCAUGGAAGAUAAGCAGUGGAAGCAAUGUUGAUCAGGUCUUUUUACAUCACAGUAGUUAUACUUGCUCUGACAUCUCAACUCAUCCUUUUCAGAUACAGGAACAAUUUUAAGAUGUAGUUGAUUUAUCCACUUACGUGUUGCAUUUUUUAUUCCCCCUUUUCUUCUUUCCUUUCCAGUUGCUAAAGUCAAAUCCUCCCACAAAGUGGAUGUAAGAAUAUGUUGAUGGUAUGCCACAAUGGCCCCCUGUGUCUUAAAAAUGCCAAGUUCAGUAACUGGCUGACUACAUUCAGUAAUUGUUAUUUAGUUUAUGGGAGGUUACAAAGAGCUCUUACAGACAGCAAAAGCUCUCCAAGGUCUUUUUAAAUGCAACAUGUAACAGUGAUAGUGUGUUCUGAAAGGAGCAAGUUUUCAUUUGAAUGUAUGUAGAUCUGUAUGAUAGGGAAUUAUGUAUUCAUGACAGAGAAUAUGUAUUUUCAGGUAAAGUUAGUAAAUUGCCAUUUUUUUAAUAAAUCAUUUGUAAGUCACCAUUUAACUGUCUCUUAGGAUAUUUAUAUCUUUAUCAUUAUUGGUAUAUAUUUUUUCGUUAUAUGUGUUGCAAAACAGAAAAAACUGGCAACUACAGUACCAAAGAUAUAAAGUUGUUAACAGGAUUAAUCAAGUGUAUAUCUUUAUAAGAAACUUGGUAUUGCAAUGUCACUAAAUGACAUAUCAGUCAUAAGAUUUAUGAUUUGCUUGUUAUGUAUUUUAUAAUUGACACAAACUCCUUAUCUCAAGUGUGUGCAAACACCAACAGAGGUGAACACAUACUCUUCAAUAUGGACACAUUAGCCUUACCUACACUUAUUUUUUUCACGCACUUGCUCACUCACCAUUUUAUUUACUAGAUAUCUAAUCAUAAAGAUGCAUUAAAUAAAAAAGAGUUUGCUUUCACGACUAGAUUAUUAUGCUGCAUACAUAUCAUUACAGAUUUGCUUUUUAUGCUUUAUUAAAGAUAAAUUGAUGUGAUGAAUUGCAUGGGGAAUAAUCUAAUGUAAGUAUAUGUGUCCGGGCACCACAGGUUAUAAGACAUGGUGUAUAUCACAUGUACUUUAAAGGAAAAUAAAUGUAAUAGCAGCCUGAUCAUGUAGGUAGCCCACAAAAAGCACAAAAGUGAUAGUCACAGUAGCUUGUUAAUCAAUGAUUGCUAAUGAGAUCAAAAUAAAAAGAUGUAUUUUCUCAUCUAUUUUUUACAUUUAUUUUUUCUAUGAUGAUUUGUAGAAACAGUUUCAUAUUACGUAUAAUUUUCCUCUCUUUCACUCUGAGUCCCUAAUGAAUUAGAGUGUAGAUUGUUAAAAAGAAAUUCUCAUUUGUUCUUCGUUUGCACUUAGUUCCAACACUGGAGGUGAUAGACACUAGUAUAAGGUUUGCAUAAAAGUAUGAAUGUUUGAUCUUUCUGCACAUGCAUUUAUAGUGAAGAUGCAGACUAUUAACAUAUAAAAAAAAGAAACUGAUAUAGUGAGCUUCAAUAUUCUGCAUACAAUGUACAGGAAAGCAUACAGACAACAUUAAAAAAAUAUAUGAAUGGAUUAUGCUUUUUAUUAGAAGUAUUUUUCUUUGUUUUGAAGGUAUGUCCUUGUGCUAUUUUAAUUUCUUUUGUUUUUAUCUGGAAAAUAGGGUGACUUUUCAUUUUGCUGUAAGCUUUUGUGUCAUAUGCAGAAGAUUUGACAAAUGCUUUGUUACUUUUGUUUUCAUAAUAUAUUUGUUGAUUAUUAAGUUUAACUUAGUAUUUACUUAAUUUGUUGCAUUACUGUAUAUAUUUAAUUUUCAUAAUCAUUUCUUCUUUUGAUUUAUUCACACUCCCACUCCCUCCCGCAAGGAGAAAAUAAGUUGUGAGAAAAACUAUGAAACAGGUAAUGAUUAAAUAUGUAAUUUUUUGGCUUGAUAGAAAUAACUAUGGAUUUUCUAAAUUUUCAGUAUUUUCCUUCUUUGUCUUUUUCUUCUUCUUCCUUAUCUUUGUCUUCUUCACCUCCUCUUCCUCCACCAUCUCCGUCUCCUUAAUUCAGUGAUCUGCAAUUUCCCCGGACUGUAGUUUAAGUUGCCUUGAUUAUUCCGCUAAUAACCGCUAGAAAGGGAAGGAUUGUUCUUUUUAGUUCAGUGGUGCCAUGUAGGGUAAGGGAUUAUAUUGCGGAUCAGAAAAGAAUAUCAUACAUAGAAUUAGUAAAAGAAGAGAAAAAAAGUUUCUGGUACAUUGAUUAUCCAGAAUUUAGUUACUAAAAGCAAGAAUUUUUAAUGGAAUAUCAAGUUACGAAGAAAUGACUUUGUUAAUCCCAGCCGUUUGGAUAUAUAUUAUCUAGUCAUUUUUCUCUUCCAUGAAUGAGUUGCAUCAGGUCAAGCCAACUCUAUAUUUGCAUAUAUAUCUUUUGAUAAGUUUUGUUGCUUAUUUUGACAAUAAUUUAAAUUCUAAAUUGUGAUCUUUAAAACUGAUGUUUUCGAUAAUUUUAAUUUUUGGAAAGCUUUGGAUGAAAGUUUGGUCUAUGAAGAACUUAUGGAUCAAAUAUUUAGAUUAAAUUUACCCAGCAUAAAGUUGAAUAACUGUAUUCUUUUUAUAUUACAUUUUUGUUGUUGGUUGCAGUUAAAAUUUUGUUACAGUACUAAAGGAUAAUGAAGGACUCAGUCAGUCGACAAAGUCUUUAGUGAACAUCGUGAGGUACUUUUACCAACAAUUGUCUUGCCUAAUUUUUUGUGAUAGUUGAAAAUUUGUCUUUCUCUCUUAGGGGACCACAUAAUACAAAUUACUCUUAAUUGCAAUACAACACAAUGCAGUGCAACACAGCACAACACAAUACCACACACACCACACCACACCACACACCACACCACACCACACCACACCACACCACACCACACCACACAUACCUUGUGGUACCUUGGUAGUAGAAAUUUCUCUUAAAGAUCAUAAUAAUCAUAAUUGAGGCACUGAAUAUAUUUAUGAUCUAGUAAUACUUCAACUCCAGUCUCUUUAUUAUAUGAUUAUGUUAAGAUCAUAUUUUUUAUGCAUAUGUUAACUAAAACUAACUUUUUAAAAUGUUGAGUAAAGCAUUCCAUUUGCAGAGACUAUUGAAAUGGUCAUUGUGAAUCUGUAUAGAGUAAAAUGCAGUUCUAGCUUAUUACCAGCUUGUGCAUUAUUUGUAUGUACACUUGUAAAGCAUGACCAGUGCACCCUGAAAAAAAAAAAAAAAACAGCAGUUGAUGCUUGUGGAAUUAAUGCAUUGUCUGAAGUUCAGCAUGUGUGAAAUUAUAUGAUUAAUCUCGCAGUUGAUUGUGGUAACUGGAACACAAAAUCUGUUUAUAGGGUUUUGAUAAGUUUCUUAGUUUUCCAAAUAUGUAAGACAAGAAAAUAUGGUGCUACUCACACUGCAGUCCUUACCACAUGCUGAUACUGUUGACACUAAAGCGUGUAAAGACGUACCCUCACGGCAAGCUCUUUUAGACACUGCACCGAUAUAAAGACAAAAGCUAUCUUUACACUAUGUUAAAGGAGCUAUAAAAACAUUCCUUAAAAAUAACAGUUCUGAUAAAGAGUGUAAGUUAAAUGUGGUAUGUAGACUAAGCUUAAAAUGUCCAUCGUGAUAGUUUUUAUAUAAGCCUAUGUGUCAUUCGGGAGAGCAUUUUAUAUUUGGGUGCAUCAGAAAGUUUAUGUGAUGUAUAGUACCCCCUCUUAUCUCAGAAAAUGUAAGUUAUCAUUCCUGUCAUUCAUAAUAGCCUUAAAAAAAGCCUCUUUGGUGGUGUGGAUUUUUGAAUAUUUGAUAAAUGGUUCUACAUGU